CUGGAAGCACGUUUCUCGCCCUCGGCCGCUCGCGCCCACUAUGGCGUCCCCUGUGGAGCCGCCGCCGCCGCCGGCUGCGGGCGGGAAGCGCAAAGGGAAGGCCGUGUACGUGCAGGCUAAGCGGGCUCGGCGCUGGGACGCCGGCAAGCCCCGGCAGCUGGAGCCUGGCCUGCAGGGCAUCCUCAUCACUUGUAACAUGAACGAGCGCAAGUGCGUGGAGGAGGCCUACAGCCUGCUCAACGAAUACGGCGACGACCUGUAUGGGCCCGAAAAGUUUACAGACACAAAUCAGCAGUCUUCGGGAAACGAGGAAGAAGACGAUGAUGUGGAGGCUGCCUUGAAGAAAGAAGUUGAUGACAUUAGGGCAUCUACAGAGAUGAGGCUAAGAAGAUUCCAGUCUGUGGAGAGUGGAGCGAAUAAUGUAGUCUUCAUCAGAACACUUGGGAUAGAACCUGAGAAGUUGGUACAUCAUAUUCUCCAGGAUAUGUACAAUACCAAGAAGAAGAAAACUCGGGUUAUUCUACGAAUGCUACCCAUCUCUGGCACAUGCAAGGCUUUCUUAGAAGAUAUGAAAAAAUAUGCAGAAACAUUUUUGGAACCCUGGUUUAAAGCACCAAAUAAAGGAACAUUUCAGAUUGUAUACAAAUCUCGAAAUAACAGUCACAUGAAUAGAGACGAUGUUAUCAAGGAAUUAGCAGGAAUCGUAGGCAGCCUCAACUCAGAAAACAAGGUGGAUCUCACCAAUCCACAGUACACAGUGGUGGUAGAAAUCAUCAAAGCUGUUUGUUGCUUGAGUGUUGUGAAAGAUUACAUGCUGUUCAGAAAGUAUAAUCUUCAGGAGGUAGUGAAGAGUGCCAAGGACCAGGCACAGAUUAACCAAAAGCAAGCAGAGCAUGCAGGAAAUGGGAAAGAAGCAAAAUUGGAAUCUUGUGACAAAUCACAUCAAAGUGGCUUAGCAGAAAGAAAUAACCAGCAGGAGGUGCUAGAGAGUAGCGAGCAGGUGGAGCAGACAAAACCAGGGUCUGAGACAAAAGCGAAUGAGGGAGGAACUAAGCCUGAGCUUGCAAGUCAAGUUCCUGAGGAAUCCAAGUCAGAUGAAAAUGACCUCACAUAAGGGGAAAUCCUCCAGUGUUGAAGUGGGUUUCGGUGAAAUGUUGCUGGGGUCUCAUGGGAAAUUAAGAAUUUCCGUGAACACAAAACACAAACUAUUGAACUGCCUGUGCUACAUCAUAUGAAUACUGGUACUCACUAGUGAACAGUGACCGAGCAGCCCUAUUUCAGUUUUGUUAGAGGUCUCAGUGCUGUGUGGCAGCUUCUAAUAGGCCCACUUGCGUUUUGUUGAGCUGUGGGAAGCUGUUGAUAAUUAGUGGAUAUUGUGAUGCAAUGAGGGGAGGAUGGUAGGAGAAUGACCUUGGCCUUUUCCUCCUGGUAACCUUCCCUGACCUCCCCUCAUUUACUGCCAACUGAUUUGUGGGAGCAAACAAGCUUUAUAAUAGAAGGUCCGAGGGAACUUAAUCCUAACAAAGUAAUUUUUAUAUGCCACAACUCAGCUAUUUUCCAUCACUUUGUUGUGCAUAUUGCAAAAGUGUUCAUUGUGUAGGUUUGUUUUAGAAGUCAGUUGUUUUAUAAUGACUUUCGUGAUUGUUUACUUAUACCCAUUUUUAUAUUUUACUAAUGCUUUUCACAAAUUGAUCUGAUGGUCCAAUGCUAUAAUUUAAGAAGCCUAGGUGUAAGAUGACCAUGCUAGAUACAGGCAUUUCUGAUAAAGUUUAUGAUGAAGAAAUAAAUUGAGUUACUUCAGUUUACUAAUGCAACAGGUGUCUACGAGAGCUACUUAUCGAAGGUUUUAUGUAGACUUGUAAAGCAAACUGUCUUCCAUUGUGCAGUUGUGUGAGGCAUAGUUUAUAGAUCUAGCAGUUGGUCCAGUAAUUUGACAAAGAAAGAUGUUGAUUAUUAUACUUGUUGAACUAUUAAAAUAUUAAAACUUUUGUUAGAAAAAUGUCACAGUUAAAAAGUUAAGGAAGCAAGCGUUUUUUUUUUUUUUUUAAGUAGUAGAACUUAUGCUGAGAAAGACAAAUUCACACAGUGGUGGGAGUUAAAAUGACAGUGUUAAAAUGCUAGGGCAAGAUGCAGUAUGAGAGACCCUACUCACCUGGAAAGACCUCGAUGGGUACUCAUGGACCAGGGGAGUCACUUAAAACAGAAAUUGCUAUAAUAUUGAUAGACACAACUCUACAUUUGAUAUGAUUGAAAAGAAAAAUUUUUUUUGAAAAACAUAGGCAAGCCCACCACUAAGAUUCCUUUAAACACCAAAGCCCUUCAAUUCCACGGGUGAGUCUUACAUAAAUACUAUUGUGCUCACUAUCCUGAGAGCACUGUUCACCUUGGCCACCUUUCAUGAGGUCAACAGGCAUCUGCAUAGGAUUAGGCUUUCUGUGGGAAAGACUUGGUGAUUUUAAAGCCAGAACGAUAGAAAUUACAUAAUUGGAACAACAGAGAAGGUAGGCAGAAGAAGAAAACAGAAAUUCAGAGAAUUGUGGAAAUACACAAAAGAUCUAACAUCAUUGGUGUCCGCAAAGAAGAGAAACGGUGUGGUUUGGGCAUGGACUCAAAUAAUGGCUGAAAAGUUUCCAAAUUUGGCAAACAACACAAAACCAAUCCCAAACAGGAUAAUCUAAAAGGAAUCUACAUGAAGACAUAUAAUCAAACCAUCAGAAUCUGAGGAAAAAGUAAAAUCUUGAAGCCAAGAGAGAAACAGCACCUUAUAAGCGGAAAAAUAAUUCAAAGGAGAGAUUUCUCAUCAGAAACCUUGGAAGCCAGGUUUCUGGCUUAUUUCAAGUGCUGAAGGAAAAGACUGUCAAUCCAGAGUUACAAACCCAGUGAAAAUCUUUCAGAACUGUAAAGACAAUCUCAGGAAAGGGAAUAUUAAAGAAAGAUUUGUUACCAGCCAGCUACCCUAAAGGGAUGAUUAAAGUAAGUUCUUAAAGCAGAAAAGAAAUGUUAGAAGGAACCUUGGAACACCAUGAAAGAAAAAUUACAAAAAGAACAACAAUGGGUAAAUGUAUAUAUUCAGUGCUAUAUAUUUGUGUCUGGAUAUAUAAAUUUUAAACCAAAACAGGCCAGAUUUUGCUGGGUGCUUUGAAGAUGAAGAAUGGCCCCAGGAAAUCCCUAGUGAGCAACCAUGCUUCAUCACAUGAAGAAAUGAACAUACUUGUGUUCCCAAAGUCCUGGAAAAAACGCUAUUAAAAACACAUUUCUUAAAAUGACGAGAUUCUUAGCUUUAAAGGGAAAAUGACUCCCUGGCAUAAGUGUGUUACCAACAGAGCCCUUGAACUGUUUCCCUAGCCAUUUGAGCUGGAGAAGGGUGAGGGUAGCUACUUGGAAGAACUAAAAUCCAACUGCGUGUUUUCCCAACACCAGAGUUGGCUGUGGAACAUGUUCUUUAAAUUUGCUUAGCCUGCGAAUUUGUCUGUGAGAAUGGGAACACUUCUGUGAUCCUAGGCUGACAAAUUGCAGGUUUCUGUGAGAGGAGUAUCUUUAUGUCUACAACCUAGGGGUCGUACCAAUAUAAAUACUUUUGAAAACUAUUGCAAGUUCUGCAAGAUAAAAGAAUGAAAAAGUCUAGAAAAGACACCAAAAGAGUACACAACAACGCUGUCUGGAUUGAGAAUAUGAAUGCGCUGUAAAAUUAGAUCGAUGGGUUUAAAAACUUUGUUACUAUCCAGUGGGUUCCCAUUCAGAGUGACCCAGUUACAUGACAUCAUUCGUAGCACCGUGCAUGUCAUAGGUCUGAGCCCACCUCCUUGAGGGUCUUCCUCGUUUUCACUCACCUGCCACCAAGUGUGAUGUUCGUCUCUAGGGAUUCCGCCCUCCUGAUGACAAUCCUGAAGUUGGGCCGCUAACUAUCAGGUUCCCAGUUUGAGCCUAUCAGCCACUGCAGGAGAAAAGCUGGGCUGUCUGCUCAUAAAAAUUCACUGCCGUGUAGUGGCAGUCAACUUCAGUGAACAGGGCAGGGAUUUGGUGCCUCCUUCAGCAGAUCAGCUCAAGACAAAGAUCCUUUUAUUUUGAUAGUGCAAGACAAAAGGAUUCUGGGAAUAUGUCUACGGAAUAUACUUGUACUGAGUCCUUUUUAUUUGUGACAGCUGCUACCCUAAAGAAGGAUCUUCAUUUCAAAGGUUUUCAGUCUCCUUUGUAUUUGUAUUGGGUAAAACCUGUAUCUGACAAGCUCUAAAAUAACUGUUGUGUUGGGAUUUAAACUCACUGAAAGUUUUGUUUUCAGCCUUGUAAACUUGUAUUUUCACUGACAGUUGAGCAUGUUCUUUUACAAGACUCCAGGGUAGGCAUUGAGUGCUUAAAUUUUUGUUCUCUUCAAAUUUUUUACCUAAAAAAAUGAAGUCAGUUGAAAAUUCCAAUGUUGUGGUUUCUAGUAAACUUGCUUUGCUCGGUAGAGGAAAGAAUGCUAAACUGGGUAUGCUUUAUUUAGACCAUGUUUCUAAGCCUGAACAUGGCUUUCAAGCGUUAUUUUUUCCUGUAUUUUGCCUUUGGUGUGGUCACAUUCAAUUUGUUUAUCAUAGUUCCUGAUUUUAGAAAAAUUAAAAUCAAUAUUUCUUGAA